AUGCCUUCCAGCGGGUCCUUGAACCCUGAGUCGGAGGCUUUUCCUCAGAUUCGUCCAACAUUUUGGAUCGGCCAGCAUGAUUCCUCCAGGGUUGAGGCUCUUACUGAUGGCCAGUACUCCCAGGUCCUUAACGCUGGCUUCGGGUUCGCUACGGCGCCAAUCACAAACGAGCACUUUCACCAACGGGUCAAGGAGCUGUACAAAGCCUAUCUGAGCGACCUUGAAGCCUCGAGUUUGUCGGCUGCCGAGAAGGCCAACCCGUCUCUGCCGGGCCCCACUGUGCCUACUCUCACCAACAAGGACACAAGCCUCGUCCCCAGCUCAUAUGUGCUCAAUGUGCUGGCAUACUCGAGCCCAUGGAUCGAUCUGUGCUCGACGGACCCGAUCAUCGCCAGCAUCUCCCGCCAGGCGCUGAACCUGGAGGUGGCCUAUGCCAACUUUUGUGGAGUUCGCAGUGUUGUGAUCCCUGGCCCAAGGCAGGAUGGGGACGGGAAGGCCAUUGCUCAGUAUGUGAGGGCGGUGCAGGAGGCGUUCGAGGUGGCAACUAGGGUGAACAUCAUCGUUCAUAUACCCAUGUACCGAGAGCCUGGGCUGGAGGAGAAUGCCAAGUUACUAUCUGAGGAGCUUCAGGAGCCCAAGAAUGUGCAAAAGGCAGGUGCACAGGAUGAGGAGGUUGAUCUAUUUGGGGCUUGGGAUACGUGGCAUACCAUUCGUUCGGUUUGCCAGUACUCGACCAGGCUCUUUGUUGCACUAAGGAUCCCACGCCGUCUCCCAGAGAAGGAGCUUCAAACUCGAUGGUUUGCCGAGCCCCUUCACUACGUGACCCUCGGACCGAACACCUUCCAGGCAAACAAGACUGGCAACCCAUCCCUCACGCGCUACCACCAGGAGAUGAUCUUUAGCUACAUGCGCCUUAAGAAUGCCCCUUGGUUCAUCCUCUACGACGUUGGCCCCUCAGUGGCCGAGCUCAAUGCAGCAGCCGAAGCUACCGAGGCCAUCCAGGUCGAAUUCCCCACCAUCGGCGAGGCAGCACACAGCGAGGCCCUGGCCAAGAGCCUCCCUGGCAUGAACGCCCACGUCCUGUACAUGAGCCACCUGGAGCGCCAGCAGGAGCCGCUCGGCCUGCUCGAGACGGACACGCUGACGAGCUUCCAGGACUGGCUGCAGAGCCCCCUGCAGCCGCUGUCUGACAACCUCGAGUCCGCCACGUAUGAGAUGUUCGAGGGCGAUCCCGUCAAGUACAACCUGUACGAGGAGGCUAUGUUCCAGGCCAUGAGCGAGUGGAAGAAGCUCGGCAAGCCGACUUCUUCCCUCAAGGGUGACAACGCCGAACUGGUGGUCACCGUCGCUGGAGCCGGCCGCGGCCCGCUGGUGACGCGGGCGUUGAGAGCCAGCGAGCGCAGCGGGAUGCCCAUCCAGAUGUGGGCGGUGGAGAAGAACCAGAACGCCUACGUGUACCUCCUGCGGCAAAACGAGACGGUAUGGGGUGGGCGGGUGACGGUGGUCAAGACGGACAUGCGCGACUGGACGGGCCCCCGGCCGCAGGGCUACACGGGCAGCGCGCCGCCCAAGGUGGACAUCCUGGUGACAGAGCUGCUGGGUUCGUUCGGCGACAACGAGCUGUCGCCCGAGUGCCUCGACGGGAUCCAGAAGCACAUCUCGCGGCCGCACGGCAUCUCGAUUCCCGAGUCGUACACAGCGUGGCUUUCGCCCAUCGCGACGCCCAAGAUCCACGCGCACCUCCGGACCAUCGCCCCGACCGACGACAACGCCUUCGAGACGCCCUGGGUUGUGCGGCUGUACCAGCUCGACUUCAUCACGCAAAAGGUGCCCGGGAAGCCGCGGUUCCAGCAGGCCUGGGAGUUUGUUCACCCCGUCGCGGGCUCGCUCAUCGAGAAGUGGGAGGCCGAAAACGGCCCCGUGUCGCACGCGCCGAGGCUGCGCACCGCGGGCGGCGGCGCGAUGAACAACUCGGGCGGCACCAACGAGCACAACGCCCGGCACACGCACCUGACCUUCUACUGCCGCCCGCGCGGCGUCUGCCACGGCCUGGCGGGCUACUUUGAGAGCACGCUCUACCGGCCGCAGACUGGCGAGGGCAAGGAGCUGGUGGAGCUGAGCAUCCUGCCGGACCAGAUCGACAAGAAGAGCAGGGACAUGGUCUCCUGGUUCCCUAUUUUCUUCCCUCUCAAGCAACCCCUCUACUUCCCCCAGGACUCAGACCUCGAGGUCAGCAUGUGGCGCCAGACUGACGACACAAAAGUCUGGUAUGAGUGGAUCGUCGAGGCGUAUGUCUGGGUCGGCCCAAAGACGAGGGUCAAGGUCGCGUCCUCAGAGCUGCAUAGCAGCCGCAAGGUGGCAUGCCUGAUGCAGUAG